AUGAAGGCCAAAGUCGUCAUCGCCGGCGCCGUGGCGUUGAUGCGCUCGGCGGAAGCUGCAUACGUGUGGCCUUCCCAGUACGACGAGAUCGAGGACAUUCUCUCCUUGCAGACGGGCUACCGCAGUCGAGGCUUCGUCGAUGGCGUAACUCCCUGCUCCUUCGGAGGCAACAUCGCCGGCCGCCAGUUCGCCGCGGAGUGGAUCCGGACCGCGUUCCACGACGUCGCCACGACGAACGCCGCCGCGGGCGAGGGCGGCCUCGACGGCUCCAUCUGGUUCGAGGUCCACCGCGCCGAGAACGGCGGCGCGGCCUUCAACAACACCUUCAGCUUCUUCGCGAACCUCUACUCCGCGCGGGCCUCCGCCGCGGACCUCCUGGCGAUGAGCGUGGUCGUCGCCAACGCCGGCUGCGGCGGCGCGCGGAUGCCGUUCCGCGCGGGCAGGGUCGACGCGCAGGAGGCCGGGCCCGCGGGCGUGCCGGAGCCGCACACGCCGCUGAAUACGACGAUGGCGCGGUUCGCCGGCGCCGGGUUCGGCCAGGGGGAGAUGAUCUCUCUGGUGGCGUGCGGACACACGCUCGGCGGGGUGCACAGCCGGAACAACCCCGACAUUGUCGGCCUCGAGCCGACGCCUGACACGGUGGUGCAUUUCGACAGCACCUCUGACGUGUUUGACGGCAACGUGGCGACGGAGUAUGUCGACGGGACGACGACGAACCCGCUCGUCGUGAACGCGAACGCGACGCUUAACUCGGACAGGAGGAUUUUUGGCAGCGAUGGCAACAAGACGAUCACGGAAAUGGGGCGCACGGGGGAUGGAUUCAAGACGGCGUGCGCGGACGUGUUCACGAAGAUGAUUGAUACUGUGCCCGCGAGUGUGACCUUGACUGACCCCAUCGACGCGGUUGACAUCAAGCCGUAUGUCAGUAUGACACUGAGCGGGAACGGGAGUAUCGCGCUCAGUGGCUGGGUCAGGGUUCAGACGACGGAGGGAACUGGGCGGGAUACCGCGGAUCUGGCCGUCCACCUGACUUAUGCUGACCGCAACGGCGACGGCGACGUCGUGGUAGCCACGACCCUCGACGAGGGCGGCGUAAGCACCGGCCUUCACGGAGAGACCUUCGCCUGGUACCAGUUCUCGACGGCCGUCGACGCAAGUCGUGGCAUCAGCAAGUUUGUCAUCCAUCUUACCACGCCCUCCACCAAUGCCACAACCAUAUACAGAAACGACGGCAGCGGGUACCCGCUGGACGACGCGCUCCUGUACCAAGAGUCCGAGUCGUGCGUGAACCGGACGAGCGUCAACAACGAGCGAGCCUUCACCGUCACGGCGGCGGUGCGCAAGGAGCGCGCUUCGGACCCCGUGACGAUGGACCUCGCGCGCCUUGUGAGGAGGCAGGGUGUCAUUGUGCGAGGGUUGGAGGUUGAUACUAUCGACUUGUUGGCGACGGGUGAGGAGAGAGGGGAAUAUGUCAUUUUCGAGGGGACGACGGGGCUUGCGACAAGCGGAUGGAGUACGAGCUUCGAUCUUGUGCUUGGUGGUGAGGAAGAGGUCAAGGUUGAGUUUCUGAAGACGCAGGCAUGUCCAAGGUCAUGA